ACCUUCCAGGGAUACUCUACAGUACACACCCGAAGCUUCGUCUACUACCCCGUCAUCCACCACCGAAUCCAAUUCUGGCUUGUCGUAUGACUCUCCACAGCUUGAUCCAGAUUUGAUGGCUACUGGGCAAGGAUCAACUCUGUUCCGAUCAAGUGUGAAGUCAUGCGGACUUUGCCAAGAAUUGUGUAAUGAUUCCGAACAACUUUUGUUUCACCUAGAAGACUUUCACCCAGACAUGCCAAACUCCUGUGGUCGCAAGGACUGUCGCAAGUCGAAAGACCGGAGGACUCUGUUACGACAUAUAGAGUCAUCCAAGGCACACAGGUCUUCGAAAGGCUCCUCUUUCCGUUGUCGCUGCGGAAAGGUGUUCACGAGAAAAGACAAAUUUCGGAAUCAUUUCAGGAAAUGCUCACGUACCGGAAACCUUCCGUAUACGUGUUUAUGUGACGAGGUCGAGAUACGUAAAGACACAUUCGAAGCUCAUUUUGAAAGCUGUAGACGACGCCCGAGAGGACGACCGCGCAAAGAAAGAGACGGGGCAGCUCAGGAAAGGACGAAUCUGGUGGCAGUGCUUGCAUGGGAGUAGACGGCGUGCUUAUCGGGCCACUCGCCGUUGUGUCUUCCAG